AUGAAAGAGGAUGACAAACCCAAAAUGAAAGAGGACGACAAACAAAAAGGUGGUACACAACCAAAAAAGGAUGCAAAAAAGUUAAGUGAAUCAGAUGUAGUUGGCAAACAAAAUGGUGAUGGCAAACGUAAGACUUGUACUAAACAAAAAAAACAAGAAAGUAAAGAAAAAUCUUCAGUGCAUAAACAACAGACUGUUCUCAGUUUUGCUAGUCAAACAAGCUCAACGUCUGUUAAGAAAACAAAUAAAACAAUUCCAAAAUCUGAUGUUGGUAAAGAAACUGGAUUACCAGAAGAAAAUAAAACUUAUAUACGGGAACAAAGGCUAUACAAACUAUUGACCUCUAGACGUUGUGCCGUGUAUGCUGUGUUUUUGCAGAAUUGCGUACAGAUGUUUGACAAAUUUAAUACUAUGCUUCAGGCUGAGGAGCCUCUAAUACACAAAUUGCAGCGGAUUCUAUUGUCUCUUUACAAAGAAAUUUUGCAAAGACUUGUUAAGCCUGGCUGUAUUGCUAAAGAAGAAAAUAUCUUAUGGGUAGAUUACAAGAAUAAGGAUGAACAGUUUCAAAAUGAAAGCCUAGUAGUAGGGUACGAGGUGAAACCUUUCCUUGAAAAACUUAAACAAAUUGGAAAAGAUGAAUUUUAUGAACAUGUUCGUGAAUAUUAUGUGACAGCUUUGGAUUACAUGAAGCAAAAAUUGCCCUUGUCAGAUGUUACCCUGAAACAUGCAGAAGUAGCUGACAUUGAGAAAAGGAGUGAUCAGUCAUUUGAUUCUGUGGUGUAUUUUGCAGAUAAAUUUGAACAUUUCUUAAGAAAAGAGGGAACUACAACAGCAGAAAUGAUGAACAAUCUUCAAACAGAAUUCAAUUUCUACCAGUCUGAUAAAUUGUCAGAAGUUGAUUUGAGCUUACCAAUCACUCAGUGCUGGUGUGCUAUUGGGCAGAUAAAAAAUGAGUUGGGAGGAUUGAAAUUUAAAGUACUUUCAGAACUAAUGAAGUCUAUUCUUUGUAUUCCUCACAGUAAUGCAGGAUGUGAGCGAGUUUUUUCCUUAGUUCGGAAGAACCACACAGAUUUUAGAGGAUCCAUGAAAACUUCAACACUAGAAUCAAUCCUUGUGAACAAAAUGAGCAUGUCCUCCAAAGGAAAACUGUGUUAUCAACAGCAAUUUACUGAGGAAUUCAUUCAAAAGGCAAAGGGUGCCACCUAUGUGUCUUUAACAAAAUAG